AAGCCGAAGAUAAGGAUUCCGUUGUCAGUAGUACGCAGCGUACCAGAGCAUUAUACCUGGUUCCUGCUGGAAGGCACUCCACCCAUUCAAGCUUGGUUAGCCAACUCAUCUACACCUUUGGAGGGUGGGCCAGUGGUGAAAGGACUUCAAUUCGUUCAGAUGGGAAACUAUACAAUUGUGGCAAAAAGUGAUGCAGGAAAUAGCUCCAAAACGGUUGACGUUAACGUUAUGGGUAAGGUUUUUGUCUCAAAGUUAACAUGAUAAUAUGUCGAACCAUAUUUCAAUACCAAACUGUGAUAACUGUGAUAUUUUUUGCCCAUAUUCAGCGUCUUUCCCGAUGAAACGAGUCAACCGUGUUACUUUUGAACGCACUGAUGGUGUAUUUUUACAAUAUAUAAUAGUAGUUGUCAAGUUUACAGCGUAACUUUAUGAACACAUUUGGUUUAGAAAUCUACCCUUACAGUUGUCUCAUCCGCUUUUCACUUGUCAUGUUACCUGAGAAAAGAUGCAUUGCUUUCGCAGAUUGCAGGCAUUUAUGUCAAAGCAAGGGUCUUUUCAAUGGUCCUGUGCAAGUAACCAACCAUCAUGACUGCAGUGGAGGAAAUGUUACAUAUAUUUGGAAGUGUAUACCAACAACAACUACUAAUUUGUAAGUGAAUUUCCUGGCUCAAGGACUCUUUAACUGUUGAUUUUAAUAAAAAUGCACAGUGGCAGUGAAUCAUGCAUGAAACAAAUAAAAACGUUUCAAGGUAAACGCCCUAAAAAUCGCAAUAUUUCUAUAUAUCUCUUGGGUUUUCGUAUCCAGUGUGACGUCAAGGUGCAUUUCCUUUGAAAUACUCGCUUAAGCUAAGUUUCCUCAAUAUCUCCUUGAAUUCAUGAUAAAUACAACUCCACAAGCUUCAAACAGCGUGUAUGGCAGAGUCGUACGGUAAGAAUAGUCCAAUUUCGAACUAAAAAUUACCGCUGAAUAUAAACGUUAACGACAGAUUCAUACAGGGUUAGCCUCGACGUGAAGUAAAACAUUCGGAAAUUCUGGCAAGUAAGUGUUUGAAAUUUGAAUAUACACAACAGAGUAAUAAACACGUCUUUUUCUCGUUGAAAUAUAUGAAUAUAUUACUUCAGAUUGAGGCUAAGGCUGUAAUAAAUACGUCUUCACUUCAUUAAUUCAGCGGUCAUAGCGAACUCAAAAAUGGACUAUUGUCCAGUGGCAGUAAGGUCCAGUGGUCUGGAAGCUGGAGGCAAUCAUAGUGAAGGUUCGAAUGUCGUCGUGGUUGUUUAUUUAUUGCGUUUUAAUUUCUUUAUACAUUUUUUUCUGUUUAUUUUUUUUCGACAUAUUUUUGCCCUUUGGCUUGUUUCCCUGUAUUCUCAUUGGGACCAUUUACAGCUUCGCAAGAUUUUUGCGAUGACGUAUUUCUAGUUUAACAAAUAUAAUAAACGCCUAUCAUUCUACAUCCGUAGAAUGUGAAUAAUCAUGGUUCUCAACCUAUGGAAACCCGUCGUCUGACAAUUAUCCAACUAAAGGAUAACCAUAAUCAACAAUAAAGAUAUGACAAUGAGGUUGACCAUGGUCAAUCUGGUUGUAGCUAAGGGCAAUAGUAUAGAAACCAAUGCACUACUUCCUUAACACUCUAAAGUGUUCUCCGAAAAACAGAACACACACACAAAAGAAGGUCGAAGCACAAAACAUACUAUAUUACAGUAGGCAUUCGGAGGUGAGACCGCUGACCUGAAACUACGAAGCCGUGCUUUUGGUAGGCAAGUUUCCACACCUAUUCUCUUUAAGGUUUUUAGUCUAUCCAAGUUUAUUGAAGUCUCGAAUUAACCAUCCAAUUGAAAUGAUAGAAUAUCUGCCAGAAAUUCCCUUCAAUUUGACACAAGGGUUGUGCCUGUGUAUGGGUACCUGCGGAAAUAGGUUUUCCUGGGGAAAUCGCCCAUAUCAAGAAUUGUUUAACAUUGUAGCGCUACUACAAACUUCAACGCAACCACAACAACGACAAAACUGAGAAAAUAAACAAAACGAAACUUCUGAACGUGCAGCACAAUGUUUGGCAGGCUUCUUUUUAGUCAUUGAAAGACUAACGUUGUCAAAAGGGAUUGAAAUGGUAAUGCGAUAGUUGCAUCUCUAAGCUGGUCGCGACUUCGAUUUCGUCGGCAAUGUCCAUGCAGAGGCUUAGGUUUCCAUCCAAACAACACCGCCAAUUUUGACAGUGUUUGUAAAAAAAGGUGAUUUUAAAUAGUUUAGGAUUUGGUAGAACCUGGUACAUUUACAUUAUGGCAUCGAGUCAGUUAGAUAGCCUUAAUUCGUCAAUAAGGAUACAAAGCACGAAUCUCGAUUUAAUGUUCAAUUUAUUCCACAAAACAUCACUGCGUUGCCAUUGGCUAUUAAUCUUUUGCUAGUUAGAAAAGAAUUGUUUAUCCACCAUGGUUGCCAAUAUACCACGGUGAAGAGCUGAUGGUCACAGCCAUCGGAACAACUACGCCAACUUUGGUCGAACGUGGUUGACGAUGCAAAACCAUGAUAACAUGCACAACCUGUUACCGUUGUACUAUUUUGUGACAAACGGAAAGACUUUAUUGCUUUUUCAUUUGGUCAGCUUUUUGCUAUACUAACGUUUUGUACCGUAAGGCUUGUACCGUCCCCGCAGGCCUCACGGCCUUUUUUUAAGUCCAUAGAACACCUUCAUACUGCGAAUUGUUUUGUACAGAUUGACAAUUUUGAUUUAAUUUGAAUUUGAAUUUAAAAGGACGCACAGUUUCAUUGUUAAAAUAUAUCUUUUUUUGUUUCAAAACAAAAGAUAAGGAAACAUGUACACAUUAAUGUCGGUAACGAAUUUUAAUUUGCUGUAGGAAAUUGUCAAACAGCAUAAUCGAGGAAAUCCCGCAUGGAAUUUUCGCAGACCUCUCUUCAUUGCAGAUUUUGUAAGUUAACUACAUUUGUAUUUGUAGCUGUCUGGAUCCACAGACGAUAGACAUUUUAGCUAUGUACAGGUUCUGACGAUUAAUUGCUUGGACAUAUAUAUUCCCCUAAAUAACGAUAGCAAUACACGGUAAAACUUUUCCCCCAUUAUAAAAAAAAAAUGUGCAAUUGCCGAGCAAAAACCUCAAACAUAACGUUCACCCACACCAGCCACGGCGAACGUUAAUUUUCCAUUAAAAUUCAUGUUGACGAAGAAACUGGAUCGGGAUUCAAGACCACAAUCAAAACAGUGGCGGAAUCGCAUUAAAGCCUAUGAGAUUUAUUUGGGUUAAUUUACAAUUGCUUAAUUUGCUAUUACACCUGCGAUGAUCAUAUCUUGUAUUUCUACAGCUCACAUUAUCUUUAUUUCAUGAUUCAUUCCCUUCACGGAUUAAAAAAAGAAAAAAAAUUGGCUUGCUGCUAAAGUAUGGGUCUUCAUAGCUCAGUUGGUAGAGCACUGCAGCAAUUUAGUUGAGGGUUCUGGAGGAUGAUGGCUCGUUUUCGUGGAAUGCGCCUCUGUGAAAUGCCACAGAAAUAUCUCUUCUUGCAUUAAUACAACUUUUCUGGACUUCCUUCAACCUCUCCAUGCAGUGAUAGAUUUCAAUUUAAGAUUACGUAUUUUAGUCACUAUGUUUAGGAUAAACCGUCUAUGCCCUCCUGUAAUUUCUAUCUUAAAGGUUUGAAAAUCUUUAUCGUUACACUUGAUGUGAAGCCCCUUUUGUGAAAAGCAGGCCCAUAACUCAACAGAUCGGGAUCAAUUUCUCCGAAAAAUACCUCGGAAUGUAUUCUCACUGCCAACCAAGUCCUGUGUGCACGCUUAGAUGAAAGCAUAGGUAUUUGAGAAAAACAUUUUUUUUGUUUUGUUUUUUGUGUGCAUAGUUCAGAAAAGACAAUUAGUUCAGUGACCACAUAACAGUUCAAUAACCACGCUAGUAAUUCAAUGACCACAACAGCAGUUCAAUGACCACACAAGUAGUUCGAUGACCACGACAGUAGUUUACCACAGCUGGCCCUACGUGCCUAACAUCAAUCAAAUGUUCGAAAAUCUUAGGAGAGGCAGGCAAGCAAGAACUUUUACAACAAAUGUUCCAAAAAUUCUAGAUCUCAAGCAAGUCUAGUCUUCCGAACAGGUAUUUUCCAAAAAUUGCCGUUGGGUGCUCCUGAUCAAUCCACGUUAAUAACAAAUAGAUAAUCUUUAAUGCGCAAGUUCAGACUUUCCAACGGUUUGCCGUGUUAUCUUUCCUUUUCAGCGCUGACUCUCUUUCCAGGUCUGUUCACUGUGCUCCUGAUGACAAUGACAGAGCUUGUGAACAGACUCUUUAACUUUUAAAUUGCCAGCAGUCUAUGUUCAUGUCAACUUUAGUGAGCACACUGGAACUAAAUAAUGUUGUGCCAUACCUAUUUCUCAGUUUGGUUUUUGUGCCAUCGCUGAAUGAGUAUUUACCACUUAGUUUAUUCUACACAUUUAUACUAAAAAAAUCUAACGUAUUUGUGGCUAUUUCCGCCGCAGCGCGCUGCAUGUAGUCUAUUCUCGGUGAACUACUGUUGUGCUCAUUGAAUUACUAGCGUGGUUAUUGAACUGUUGUGUGGUCACUGAACUGGUUGUCUUUUCUGAACUAUCCGCACAGAACACGUAAAACAAAAAAUAAUGAAAGCUGAAUUAGAUUUUUGAGCUUGUUUCCCAAUCAUAUUUUUUAUUUCAAAAGUGAAAAUGAUAUAUGAACGUGGAGGGAUAGUUUUCCCAUAUUUAAUUAUUAAUUCAUUGUAUUUUGUUACAGGAAUUUGUCGAACAACAUGGUCAAACAGCUCGUACCAGGAGUAUUUGCAGAUCUCUCUUGGUUGCAGUUCUUGUAGGUAUCACAGUCUGCGUACCUGUGUCUUUACGCACAUCCACUUUUAUAAGUAGAACAAUGCCAAAUGCCACAGUUACCGAGACAACGAAAGUGGUGAAACGAAAUAAAUACGGAUAUACUCACUCAAUUUAACUACAUUACGUCAUAAUACAAAAAAUACAAGAAAAUAAUGAUAAUGAUGAUAAAUAGAG